UAGUGAGAACUAUGCCGUUACUUACAAAUCGACUAAUGUCUGCGCAUUAAGAGAAUCAAUGGGGGACAUCAACUGCACCUAUGAAUUCCCUUAUAACGACCAUUACAGCGUCACAACCGUGUGGUUUACUAAAGGAGAGAUCGAUAUGCCAGUUAAUCUGAAAAAUGAUGCUGACUACGCAGGUCGUGUUGAAACCAGCUGCGGAACGAUAAAAUGUAAUUCGUCCAGCUGUAAUGGAACAUGUACCUUGAGAAUCAAAGACUUGAGACAGACUGACUCUGCUGAGUACAAGUUCAGGUUCAUAACAAACAUAGAAGUUGGGAAAUUUAGUGGCGUCCCUGGAGUGAUGUUAUCUGUGACAGGUAAACUUUAAUAACUCAUUUUUGUGUGAGUGUGUGUGUUUCUGUGUGUCUGUUUGUGUCUAUUUUUGUCGCUUUUUGUGUUCUUGCAGGAUUGUCUUGAGUGUAAUCUUAAUUACUGUUAUUAACUGUGUAUUUCAUUUUUAGACCAGGUGAAGGUGUCCUUUCCUUCAUCUACUGAUCCUACCAGGGCAAACAUGACAUGUCGCAGUAUGUGUAGUCUAGCUGGUGGUUUUACCUACAUCUGGUUCAGGAAUGGAAAGUAUGUAGAACAGGGGAUCUACUACAAAGGCAAUAUUAGUUCUGAAGACAACUAUUCAUGUGCUGUUGAAGGAUACACACAUCUCCACUCUCCUUUAGUGUACGCUCCAAAGACCCCCUUAGUUACCGUGAGUCCCUCUGGUAAAAUAGAGGCGGGAAGCUCAGUGACUCUGAGCUGCAGCAGUGAUGCCAACCCAGCAGCUGACUACACCUGGUUCAAGGAACAUGAUGACUCAGUGGGACAAUCAGGACAGAACUUCACCAUCACUAAUAUCACAUCUGAGCUUGGAGGAAGCUAUUACUGCCAACCCCGUAAUGCAAUUGGACGUCAUAAUUCCACCUUUUUGUUCAUUCGUGUGAAAGAAGACAAUGUUCCAGAAAUGACAUCAUCAUCACAGACAACAGCAGUAGCAGUAGGAACAAUUGGUGUCUUACUGGCCACCAUACCCCUCCUAGUCUUUCUCUGGAUGAGAACAAAGAGGGCCUCCAGAAACAGUGCACAGGGAGGAAGGCCAAAUACCGUGGAGGAGAAAUGUCCUGUUCCGUUGUCUGACAACGUCUCAGCUCUGACCAUUCACUCAGCUCCUGCAGCACAGAGAGAACCAAUAGAAGAUCAGGAUGACCUUCACUAUGCCAGCUUCCACAUCUCUCACUCAGAGAACCAGGAAGUGCCUCGCUGUUUGGCUGGCUCCUGUGUCCAAUCAGAUCAGCCAGAAGGGGUCCUUUACUCUGCGGUCAACUUUAAAACACACAGCACUGUGCCUGAGGCCUGUGACUAGAGAGUGACUGGAGAAACCUCAGAGUUGUACAGCACUGUCAAGAAAACACCCCAGGGGGUGAACCAGUAGCGGUGUCACACUAAAUUUG